CCUUGACCCUCUUUCAUCUCCCUCUUCUCACACGGCCCCAAAUCUUCAGAAAUUCAGAGAUGAGUCAAGGUAGAAUCUGCAUGAGAUGGUCAGUUUGCGAGGAUCGGGCUCUCAUUAGUGCCAUGAAUGAUCUUGUCGAUCUUGGUGGUUGGAAAACGGACAAUGGUCAAUUCAAAAAUGGGGCUUUUGCUAAGUUGGAAACUCUAAUGAAACAAAAGCUUCCCGAGUGUGAAAAAAAAGCUAAGCCCCAUAUUGAGUCUCGAGUAAAGCUCCUCAGAAAACAAUAUGAUGCUAUUUCAGAAAUGCUAAGCCCGAGUGCAAGUGGAUUUGGAUGGAAUGAAGAGGGGAAGUUUGUUACAUGUCCGCAAACGGUUUGGGACGAAUGGAUUAAGAGUCACAAAAAUGCCAUUGGGUUGAGAAACAAACCUUUCCCUUUUUUUGACGAGUUGGGCAAGAUAUUCGGCAAAGAUAGGGCUGUUGGAAAUGAAUCUGCAAAUGUACAUGAUGUUCUUGAAGAGAUGGAUGAAGAAGAAAUAAGGGAGGAAGAAGGACAAGAAGUCCCUCAGUAUAGUUUAGAGGAGAUCAAUCCUUCGUCUCAAAAUAGCUUAAUGGGACCUCCACCUUCAACAACACCUUCAACUAGAAGGACAAAAAAGGCAAGGACUGAAACUAUUGAAGUCUUGAAAGACUUUUCCACUAAACUUGAAAAAAUUAGUGAUGUGAUGGAGGCGGCAAGUGAGCACAUAGGAAGGUUAGCUAAUUGCUUCCAACACGAGUCAGAUUCUGCUGAAAGAAGGAUGAAAGUGACAAAUGAGGUUAUGAAAAUGGAAGGAUUAACUCCUACUGAUGUUAUUUUGGUCUCAAAGAAGAUUGCUCUCAACCCUCUAGAAGUUGAUUUCUUCUUCAGCCUUCCUGAUGAAGACUACAAAUAUGCUUAUGUUCAAGGUUUGUUGCUUCCAGAUCAAUGAUUGAAAAAAUAACAUAAGUCGAAGUAGUAGCUACGGCAUGGUUUUAAUGUAGUAUGCAAAUAGUAUGUAUAUAGUUUUGGUAUGUUUUUGGUUUUUUGUAAGCCAUGCUAAAUUAUACAAGUGGAGGUUAAAGUGAAAUAUUUUGGGUUGUCAUGUUAUUGCUGACUCUAUAUUUAGAAGCAUAGGUAAUAGGACCGAUCCGAUUUUUUGUAAGGCCCGAUUUCCGAUUGUUAACUUUAACUUCGGAAGGAUUGAAAAACUACUACUUCACAUUGUAAAAUGCAACAGGUUAAACUCGUUUAACUUUUGUGUGAUGCUAUCUUCAUAUAUGGUUUCCCAUUGUUCUAUUUUUUUUUUUUGUAUUAUUAUGUAUGAGAAGGGUUUUACUAGUUGUAUUAAAAAUUUUAUUCCUUUACUUUAUCAUAUUUGUGUAAUUUUUAAUGAAUAGUUUUAAGUGUGUGGUAGAUGUUAAAAAAAAUUACACAUAAGUAGUUAAAGUUAGUUAAAUUUCAUGGGAAGUAUAACAAGUGAACCAAACAACAUAUAGGAAGUAGAUUCAUAGGAAGUGCAAAUUCCAUAGUACCAACCAAACAUGUUAAUGCCAUUUCCUAGGAAGUCAUUAAGGGAAGUAACUUCCCAUGAAAUGAAACUUCCCAUAGGAAGUUAAUUCCCAUGUGAACCAAACAAUGCCU